GUCAUUGAUGGUUCCAAAUUCCAAUAAUGAUUUUAUAAAGGGAGAUUAAGUUGAUGUGAACAAAGUCUUUUUCUUCUUUUAAUUCUUUAAUUGAGAAAAGGCAAAGGACAACGGAUAGACUGAUUUUCUCUUAAUGAGAGAUUUUAAGUUUGAAUUUUGAGUAUAAAAAAAUUCGUGACAGGGAGCAUUUACGUACGUCUCCAAUAGAGGCACCGAACAUCCGGUGAAUAAAAAAAGAAAAACAUUUGACAAAACUGUGGCUUGUGGGUGUACAUAAUCUAGUUUCCAGCUAGUUCUUUUCUUUCCUAUCUUCCACCAAACACCCCCGGCCCCAUACACCCCACACCCAUCCUUUUCUUACCUUUAUCACUUUGACAUUGUAUUUUUUCCAAAAACAGAAAAUUUCUCAGAGAUUUUUGGAUUUAGCAUCUGGGGUAUCAAAAUCUUUAAUUUUAACUUGGUGUUAUUAGGGUGUUUUGUUGGGUACCUUUUUUGGGCUUUUGCAUCAUUCAUUUUGGUAAUUCUUGAAAGGGGUUGUAGCAAGUAGCUGUACUUUCUUGAUUCUUCAGUUUCUUGUUGAAAAGUCAUAGUAAUUAGUAAUAGUUGAUGAUUAAUCAAGAUUCAAGAAAACAAAUUUGUACUUGAUUUUGCUUCAAGAAAUGGUUAAAGAAAGGUUCUUUAGAUAAAUUUUCUUAGUUGGGCACAUCAAGAAAGGUUAAAAUAGUUGAUUCAGUUUUGAGGAGCUACAAAAAUGAAGGAUUUUGCUGGCACACCUGGUACUUUAACUGGGCUUUUUUUGAGAUUGGCUCAGUGUUUUUUUGCUGCUGGUGCAAUUGCUUCAAUGGUUACUUCUAAAGGUUUCUUCGAUGUCACAGCUUUUUGCUACUUGAUAGCCUCGAUGGUUUUGCAAGUCAUCUGGAGCAUCGGACUUGCCUUCUUAGAUGCCUAUUUCCUGGCAAAGAAGAAGGCUUUCCAGAGUCAUGUUUUACUGAGCCUCUUUGUAGUUGGAGAUUGGUGCACUGGAAUGCUAUCGCUUGCUGCAGCUGCUUCUUCAGCUGGCAUAACAGUGUUGUACUUUCAUGAUAUGGGAGGUUGCAGUUUCGGCCAGGAAUGCACCAAGUUCCAAUUCUCGGUUGCAUUUGCUUUCCUCAGUUGGAUAACAAUUUUUAUAUCUUCUCUAAUUAUGUUUUGGAUAUGGGCUGCCGGUUAAACGAUUCUCUUGCCACGGUGUUUCAUUACUGUCGAAUUUUGAAGUGUGAAUAGGGAAAAAAAAUAUAGGAUUAAGAAAAUGUUUAUUUUACACUUUACACUAGUACUCUAGAAUAUUUAUUUUCCUUUCCUCGUCCGUACAGAAGAAACUGUAAUUGUUCACUUGAAGUUGAUUGAGGAAGGUCUGUUUGUCCCGCUGACUUUUACUCAACAAUGUUCAUGGAUCAUGGUUAUGUUAUUUGCCUUUGUAACUA